AUGUCUAUCCUGAAGGUGGUCGAAGACCGGCCGACCCCCAAGUCCGUCUACAACUGGCGGAUAUACCUCCUGGCCGCUGUCGCGUCGUUCACGUCCUGCAUGAUCGGAUAUGACAGCGCUUUCAUUGGUACCACGCUGGCCCUCGAUUCCUUCAAGAGCGAGUUCCAUUUCGAUACCAUGUCCUCCGAGAAGAAAAACCUAAUCAGUGCCAACAUCGUAUCACUGUACCAAGCCGGUGCCUUUUUCGGAGCCUUUUUUGCAUACCCCAUUGGUCACUUUUGGGGCCGACGAAUGGGUUUGCUUUCUGCUGCGGUGGUCUUUGUGCUCGGCGCCGGUCUCAUGCUGGGCGCGACUGGUUCUCGGGGACUGGGUUUGAUUUACGGAGGACGAGUCCUGGCGGGUGUGGGAGUUGGUGCCGGCUCAAAUAUCACGCCCAUCUACAUCUCUGAGCUCGCUCCUCCCGCCAUUCGUGGUCGCCUGGUUGGUGUAUAUGAACUAGGCUGGCAAAUUGGCGGACUUGUUGGGUUUUGGAUCAAUUACGGUGUCUCUGAGACUCUCCCAGCUAGCCACAAGCAGUGGCUUAUCCCUUUCGCGGUCCAGCUAAUCCCUGCUGGUCUCCUUCUUAUUGGCGCAGUUUUCCUUCGAGAAUCGCCCCGAUGGCUCUUUUCGCGUGGUCGCCGUGAGGAAGCCAUCAAGAAUCUCUGCUGGAUUCGCCAGCUACCCGAGGAUGACAUCUAUGUGAUGGAAGAAAUUUCUGCGAUCGAUCAAGCCCAGGAGGAGCAGCGCUCGACUAUCGGAAUUGGUUUCUGGAAGCCUUUCCAGGCGGCUGCCACCAACAAGCGUGUCAUGUGGCGCUUGUUCCUCGGCAGCAUGCUUUUCUUCUGGCAGAAUGGUUCUGGUAUCAAUGCCAUCAACUACUACUCCGUGACUGUUUUCAAGAGUAUCGGUGUCACUGGUACUAACACCAGUCUUCUCACUACCGGAAUCUUCGGCGUGGUCAAGACAGUUGUCACCUUUGUCUGGCUGCUAUACCUGAUUGACCGUGUCGGUCGCCGUAACCUUCUUCUCUUCGGCGCAGCCGGUGGCUCUGUCUGUCUGUGGAUCGUCGGUGCAUAUAUCAAAGUCGCUCAACCGGUUCAGAAUCCGAAAGCCCAGUUGGAUAGUGGGGGUAUCGCAGCGAUCUUCUUCUUCUAUCUCUGGACUGUCUUUUACACCCCGACCUGGAAUGGUACCCCGUGGGUUCUCAACUCAGAAAUGUUCGAUCCAAACAUGCGCUCGUUGGCUCAAGCCUGUGCCGCCGCAUCGAACUGGCUCUGGAAUUUCCUCGUCUCGCGCUUCACUCCGCAAAUGUUCACCUCUAUGGACUACGGAGUAUAUUUCUUCUUUGCCUCGCUGAUGAUUUGCUCCAUCUUUUUCGUCUUUUUCCUCAUUCCUGAGACAAAGGGUAUCCCACUUGAAAGCAUGGAUGGCUUGUUCGCGACCAAGCCUAUCUGGCGUGCGCACGCUCACAUUCUCUCCACCUUGCGCGAUGACGAGGAGCGAUUCCGACAGGAAGUCAUCGAGUCAAAUCUAGCCGAAAGGAAGCUCGGUUUGGAACAAGUUGAGGAUACUGCUGUGCAGCAACCAAAAGACUCAUGA